UGGCUGCCACUGAGAUUGCUCCACAAGGGUACGAAUCUGCAGCAGCUGGGAUAUUUCCAAGAUGCGGCGAGAGAACACGGCAGACGUUCUGAAGGAGAAGAAGCUGAUUUUGGUCCUCGAUCUGGACAACACCCUCCUACACUCCGUCGAGGAUGGCAGUCUCUCCUCAGAGGAUGAAUACCUGAUCCAGUUGAGGGAAUUCGUCGAAGAUGAUCGGGAUAGGAGCGUGUUCAGAUGGAGCGGCAUGGUCACGAAGCUCAGGCCGCGUGUCCGUGCUUUCCUUAAACAAGCAAGCGCGAUGUACGAUAUGUACGUGUAUACAAUGGGCAGCCGUGAGUAUGCGUCGCAGAUGACCGAGUUCCUCGACCCAGAGGGCGUUUAUUUCAAGAACAAGGUCCUUUCGAGGGAAGACUGUACCGCGCCGAAUCAGAAAGGGCUUGAUGUUGUUCUCGGGGAGGAAAGAGCUGUGGUGAUCAUCGACGACAGUAGAACAGUGUGGAGGAGACACACGAGGAAUCAAAUUGAGAUCAAAGCGUACCACUUUUUUGGCCCGAAACGCCCGAUCCUUGAUUUUGACGGGAAUCCGUUGUCAGAUACAGAGGAGCUCGAAAGCAAGCAUAGUGCAUUGGACAAUGCUCUUGGAUAUCUCAAGCGUAUACAUUGGUUGUUUUUCCGCGGUGCACGUUAUCACGAUAACUCAGACGGUGAUGUGAGGCGAGUUCUACUGCGUAUCGCUGAUGAAAUGCAGCAAGAAUGAAAUAUGGACUUUGGUGGUUAAGAGCAGAGGUUCAAUAU